ACCCGUGUGGAAAAUCGCCGCGUGGGUUUGGUGUAACGUGUGUGGGGAACGUGAACAACACUCGCACAUGCCUGUGUGAGGAUGGCUUCAUUUACUACGAACCUGGCUUGACGUGCAUUCCUGCCGCGUGUGCCAACGUUGACUGUGGGAGGAGUGCUUAUUGCUCUUUGAUGGAUGAUGGUUCCAAAAAGUGCCUUUGCUUCGAUGAUACUCGCUUCGACGAUGCGACCAAGACGUGCAUUCACGACGCGUGCACGCCAGUGGUCUGUGCUCCGAAUGCAACCUGCGUCGUGCUCAGCAAUGGCAAGCCCAACUGUCGGUGCGGUGAUGGGUUCAUCCAAGACCCAGUUCAGAAGACGUGCAGUCCUG